AUGAUCUAUAUAUGUAGCCUCCAUUUAGGGGAGAGGGUGAUUUGGUCACUGGAACCUUUGCAAAUCAUCCCUUUGGAUGAGGCCGGACUUAUUGAUGUUAAACUUACUUCAAACAAAAUAUGGGUGCUAAAAGAAGAUCAGUUGGAGGUUUUUGUUGCUGACCUGCUAUUCCAAAGUUCUGAACAUUAUCCAGAUGAUCUUUUUUGGCUUGCUCAUACUGUAUGUUCAUCAUUGAAGGACCAAAUUGCCCCAUUUGUGUCUUCUAUUUUCUUGCGUCGGUUACUUCUUCCGGGGGUUCAUCAAGAUACUGUUGUCCGAGCUACAUUUCAAGAUUACAACAGGCACUUCACUGAUUCUGAGUUUCAUUCUUUAACUGUUGAUGGACUGAAAAAGGAAAUCCUUUCCCUUAUCGAGCAUGAGGUUGUCGCCGAAAGUCCAGUUUCAGUACUUCAUCACUGGAAAACCUUUUGCACGCGCUAUUUCCAUAAUUGGUGCAAGCACAGUGCAAUGUGUGGUUUGCUCAUUGAUUCCUCCAUGGGUGGCAUUGGUUUGAUAAGAAAGAAUUCAAUCUCUCUAUUCCGUUGUUUGGAAGAUAUAGAGCUUCUUAGCAUCAGUUCUUUUGAUGAACUUGGCGAUGUUAUAAGCUCUGGCUUGGAUUUUUCUGAUGAUGAUCUUAAAUGUGAGAUUCUUUUUGAGGUGCUCCAAUGCAUUCGUAAUGUAAGCCAGCAAUUGGGCAAAGCUGCUACAGCUAUAUUUUACGAGUUACUUCUUAGUGCACCAAAUGUGGCUACAGAAGAAGUCAUCCCUCGUUUACUGAAGAUGUUAGAUAUUGGAGAUAAUUCAUCGAUAGCAGCUCACCAUGUGUCGGAGCUGGGAGCUCAUAUUGCUAGGAAGAAGGACUUGGCUAACCACAAAAAUAUAAGGAAAUUCUCGACAGAUAUGUUUUUAUCACUACAUACUUUGUGCAGUAAAGCUACCUCGUGGGGCAAGGUUUUGGAUGUCAUAGAGAGCUACUUAAAAUUUCUUGUACCUCGUAAAACUGUUCAAAAGUUGAAUUCAGAAGCAGUAUUUAAUAUCAAUACUUCCAUCACGGUGCAUGCUACUUCUCAAAUAGCAAAAGUGACCUUUGAAUCUGCACUGGACAUACUUCUGUUGCUAAUCUAUCUGGUUAGGAUAAGUGGGCAGAUUCAUAUGACAUGUAUUGAUGUUUCCAGAAUACAACUUGAGUUGGUUCCUAUGAUACAAGAAAUUGUUACCGAGUGGCAUAUUAUCCAUUUCCUCGGGACCACUCCUUCAGAAUCUCCUGCCAUUGAAGAUUUUAGUUCUCAACUUUCAUCUUUACAGAUUGAUAAUAACAUUGAGAAGAGAUCAUGGAAUGAGAAACUUGGCAAAUGUGACUUCACAUUGGCUUUUAUUCUAUUGCUAAAUAUGCGAAGUUCCUCUGAAGACCAGAGCUUGGCAUGUAUUCCAGAUCCUAGCAGCAUUGUUAGGUCAGUAAGAGACUUUACUAGCUGGAUAAUAUGGGGAAGGACUGGAGAAGAAUCAUCUGUUUUCUUCAGCCAUUCAAUUGACCUUGCUUUAAGCUUACUCAAACAUGGCCAGUAUGAUGCUGUUGAGGUUUGUUACUAUGCCCUUUAUUUCCUACUUUGCUUAUAG